AUGAGAUUUUUGCUAUCAACUUUUUUCUUUUCUUCGUUUGCAGCAGUUUGUACGAUAGAAACAGCCAAAUACACAGUGAAUGCGAUUUUGGGCAAAGAUGGAGAGUGCGACUUUGAAAAUAGAGAAAUCGAAGAGAUCGUCGAUUACAGCUUUCCUAGUGGACUGACAUCCUUAAAUUUAAGAUUCAACAAAUUGACGAGCUUAAAUUUAACGCAAAUGGAGCUGAAACUUGAAAAACUCGAUGUCAGUUACAACGAACUCUCCUCCCUCGAUGAAGUCGACCUCUCAUCGCUAGAAUUUCUCGACGUAUCUUCCAACAACUUAACCUGCAUCGACUUUCAAGAGCUUCCGAAGAAUAUUCUUCUUCAUAAAAAUCCAAUAAGCUGCGAUUGGGAAACGCUGAAACCUUACUUUGAUUUUUCUCCCGAUCGAAGGAGCAGAAAAGGGAUCGAAUUUGUCUGUGAGACGCCUGAAGAACUCGCGGGAAGAUCGAUCAGUUCGUUGACAAAGCAAGAUAUUCAGGAUCUUUCAUCGAGUUGCAAAGAAAACGAAGAAGAUACCAUCAGUCCGGAUGAGUUCUGCAGCUACAUUGGAGUCAUUUUCGUGGGAAUAACCUGCACUCUUGUUUCGAUGACUGGUCUUUUCGCCUUCAUCACUUACCGAAAUCGCAACUCUCCGUUCUGGUCCCUCAUCGAUUCUUCCGACCAACCCGGCCUUUUCGACAUGAAUUACGAUGGCGAUAGAGACAGUUUGGCUCUGUAA